AUGAAGACAAGGUAUACAGGUAUGAAGGAGACAGCAACACGAGUCUUUGAAAUUGUGGAGAAAGCUGCCUCAUUCUAUGAACGCGUGGAAGGAUUAUUCAAUUGGCGAAUUCCAUGGGUAUCGUCGUUGGCUGUUAUUAUGCUGCUACUUCUAACAGUUAUACUCUUCUUCGUGCCCAUCAAGUAUCUAUUUAUGCUCUGGGGUUUCAAUAAAUUUACCAAAGCAUUUCUACGACCGAAUGCCAUAAGUCACAAUGAAAUUAUGGACUUCCUUUCCAGAGUUCCAGAUCUACUCGAAGUGGUGCGUUUUCAAAUUUUAUUUUAA